UUUUCAUCCCGCCUGCUCACUGAAGCUCACUGCAACCGUGGCUGUAUUCGAAAGCUUAGUUUAUUUACAUUCAGAUAACCGCGCCCGUCAAUGUUGCUGUUAUGUAUCAAUAGAAAUGCCCAAUGAACUAAUUUAUUAUUAAUUACCUAGAAAUAAUUAUUUCUUUUAGAAGCAUGAAACUAGGAAUCAUGAAUUUCUUUCUCGUUAUUUUUGUGAAGCUUUUUAUCAUUGUUUUAAUUUCGAAUAAAGCAUCAGCUUUAUUUUGUUACCAGUGUAAUUCAAAUGAAGAAACAUAUUGUGCUGAAGUGUUUAAUCGAGAUGGUUUGACUCUUGAACCUACCGAGUGUGAUGAAAUAUAUGAGGCGAAAUACUGCAUUAAAGCAACAGGAAUGUAUGAAGCAUCAGCUUUAUUUUGUUACCAGUGUAAUUCAAAUGAAGAAACAUAUUGUGCUGAAGUGUUUAAUCGAGAUGGUUUGACUCUUGAACCUACCGAGUGUGAUGAGAUAUAUGAGGCGAAAUAUUGCAUUAAAGCAACAGGAAUGUAUGAAGGUACUAUUGGAACAAGACGAUUUUGUUCUUCUCGGCAUCACGGAAAUUAUUGUGAAUAUGUGAGACGUCCAGGAGAUGAGAGGGAAUACCGAUCCUGUGUUUAUACUUGUUUUAAUGAUGGCUGCAAUAGUGGAUAUUCAUUUUCAUUAUCAAAAUGUGUCUUAUUAAGCUCAAUAAUUAUAAUUUUACUAUGGAAUUUAAUAAGAUGGUGAUCUGAACAUUUUAUUCUUGAUUGGGUGGGGAAAAACUCUCAUUUUUUUAUUGUAAAAUUCAUCUUGAAAUGUUUCUGUUUGUUUAAUAUACAGUUCCUUAAUGAUUACCUUUAAUACAUAUUUUUAGAAUUAUCAUCAAAAAGGAAGUUAAACAGGUUGGCCUCAGAACUAGGAAAUCAGAAAUUUUUACAAAUUUGGAAAAAUCCUUGAAAGAAAUUUAAUU